AUGCUCACUCGUAAACAGAAUAUCAAAAUGGCAAAAACAAAUGGCUCAUUUGCGAUAGAGAGUUCGGAUCCAGAUCUCAUCAAUCAGUAUUGUUGCGGUGAGCCUGUACUGCGAUCAAGUCGUUGCCACAGAGGGUUGUGUCUGUCCGGUACAGAAUUGUUUGGAACCUCGGUCACUCGAAACAUCUUUGCUCUUUCAAGCUUGACGCUCAAGGGUUGUGUUCAGUGCCGAAUUAAUUGGCCACUCGGUCAUUCCAAACAUACCAGGUUUGACGCUCAGGGGCUGUAUAAAGGUCGAAGGAGCAUUAACAAGCUGAAGAAAAGUUAA